AUGAAUAUACAAACUCAGGCUUUACCAGACAACUUUCUGCUCUUGGAGAAACUGACCCAUGCAAGUCCGAGCCCAGAGGGGACGGUCGAGCGGGGCGUGGGAGGCCCGCACGCUCCCCACCCCCAGCCGCGACCCGGAGGGAAGCGUGCAGGGAGGUUCGACUCCCCCUUGCGGAGUGCCCGGGGCUGGAGAGACCUCCCGCCAGCCCGCGGCCCGGGUCGGUACGGGCCCCCUCUAUAUAGCCUGGGCCAAGGGCGCCGCGGCCCUCAGCGGAGGGGAAGGGGACCUAGGAGGGGAAGAAGCUGUAAACAGCCCCAGCGUCCGGGCCUCGCCUCGAAGAGCCCUGCGUCUCAGGCCCCGCCGCGGGCCGCCGGGGCCCCCAGGCGGCCCCGGGGCCACCGCUCCCGGGGCCCAGGGGAGCGGAGGGGAGUCCGGUCCCCUUCUUGGAGGGCUACGGCAUCUCGCAGAGCGGUCCCAGCAGCAGAGAAGGGGGAAGUCAGGACUUACCUGUCAUUACUUUCUACGCCAUCUUGGAUCCACUUGUCAACGUCCCCACAAAGCAUUAUGGAUCUUCGGUGUACAGCUGCGGGUUCCUACGACCCACUUCUCGCUCCGGGAAGCUGGGGGUCGCUUCAGGGCCCGGCAACCUUGCAGACCGGCCGGCGCUCUGAUUCCUGCAUUCGUGGGAAGAAAGGUUCUGGAGCCGUUGGGCUCCACGAUCUGGCGACACGGUGUCCCUGAGUCAACCAGCGUCUGAGAGCGUUUGGGGGGUUGGGGAGUAGGGGAAAUAAUAAGCAAAAUGCAACUGUUACCCUGUGUUACUCCCCCUCCCGCUGUAUCCUCCCUUCGGCCGAUAACCUGAUCUACGACCCUCUGGGUAGGGAUUCCUCCCCUAGGAAUGUGGGCUCUACCGAGUCUACACUUUUACCGCCCGUGGUGCGUGCGGAUCGUGACUUCCCGAGGCAGGUAACUCGGAGCACGGGCACCGGCUCGCGCGCAAAGGCGCUCCAGCACUCGUGGGAGGGCCCCCGAGAGGGUUCGGGGGUGGA